AUGUCGUUUACGUUUGAGAUUGGAGGUUCAAUCUAUCUCAUUUUUCCAAAGUCUAAAAUUCCAACUUCAGUGUUCGAGCUUGAUCCUCCUCCACCACCUCGGCAGCUCCCUUCCAAAAUCAAAGCGUUCAUUCUCUCUCUCACUUACUGCUUGGGUCACCCUGUUCGCCUACAUGUUUACUCUGUACUGUCUGUCUCGUCAAUCCUUUCUGAACGCUUUUUAGUCUCUCAACUCGAGUCUUUUAUGCAAGAGAUCGAAUCAACACUUGCAAAUAACUGUGAAGUGCUGAAUAUGGGCGAUGGUGCUGGGGAGACUGGAAGACAGCUUGAACAACCAAACACGCGGAGAAAAUUGGGCGGUGAUGACUUUGCUCAAGCAAUUGCAAAAGUUGCGGUAGCGCAAGUAUGUGAGAGUGAGGGUUUUCAUACUAUUCAACAGUCAUCUCUUGAAUCACUAUCUGACAUUGCAGUUCGGUAUAUUCAGAACAUAGGGAAAACUGCACGUUACCAUGCUAAUCUUGCAGGUAGAACUGAAUGCAAUGUUUUUGAUGUCAUGCAAGGGUUGGAAGACAUUGGAUCGGCACAGGGGUUCUUAGGUGCCUCCGAUAUAGAUCAUUGUGUCGGAAGUUCAGGCAUUGUUCGAGACAUUAUUCAGUUUGUGACUGAAACCGAGCCAAUUCCAUUUACCUAUGCUGUCCCACAGUUUCCAGUUGUGAAAGAACGGGCCCUGACUCCAAGCUUUUCACAAAUGGGUGAAGAGCCUCCUGGCGAGCAUAUACCUGGUUGGUUGCCUGUUUUCCCUGACCCCCAAACAUAUUCUUGUUCUCCUACAAGGAAUAAGAGAGGGACAGAAUCUGAUGUUGCCAGAAUUGACCUGGAAAGAAAGCAUGGCAAGGGGGAGCAGUAUUUGUUCAAUUUGCAGCCACAGAUGGUGCCGAAUGUGGUUGAAAAGUCUACAUUGAUUGAUACAGCUAAUGAAAAGGCCAAAAAAGUAGCAGGGGAAAGCAACCCAUUCUUUGCUGCACCUCUGCAGUUUGGGGAGAAGGAAGUGGCUUCUGUGACCCCUCCUGCAAGGCUCUUCAAUGACGUAACUGCAGCAAACCCUGUUGUGGAAGAUUAUGUUGAAGGCAAAUCUAUUUCGGUGCUGGACACAUUUGCUCCAGCAAUUGAAGCAAUGAAAAGCCCGCAGUGUGAUUUUGAGGAAGAACAGAGUAAGCUUCUUUUAAACAGGAGGCCUACUGUGCAAUUUAAGAUUGGAAUAAAAAAGAAUUUUGUAGGUAGGUUGGUAGAUUUGGGUCCACAAAAUGAAAAAGAUAAGAAUACUCUGCCAUGGUUUGUAAUGGAAGAUGAGAAGGAUGAUAAGAAAAGGAGGGCCGAGAAAAUUCUGAGGGAAUCUUUAGAAAAUCCAGAUGAGCUUGUUCAGUUGUAAUAUAUGUUGCUUUUAGUGAACUUGUACACUUGUUCAGGAGACUGUCAGGAUAGCUAGUUGCCUAGUUCUGGGAUAGUGCAUUCUAGGCCCUUGUCUGCUUUUGGGGAUUAUAGGAUGGGUGUUACUAUUUUGCAGAGACAUGUUCCCACUUUAACAAUCUUUGAGAUCUUGUACUGAACAACAUUUAAAAGCAUCCCUACUUCUGACUUGUAGCUGUUGCCCUGAAACUGUGCGCCACAAAAACCAUCUCAUAAAAAAGUAGUUUCUUCUAUAGACCAUUGCGUGUGUGUGAAGAUGCUUUGUCAUUUUUGAACUCUAAUGUCUUCUUGGAGGCAGGAUGUGUGUGUUUUUGAGUAUAUGUUCAACAUCCUAUGUUAUGGAUGAGCAUCUGUGUACCAGGGCACAAUAUUCUGUUUACUGUAUGAAAAGAACACAGUUGAUGGUGAACGCAAUUACUUGUUCUUGUUCUUGAUGGGUGUUGAGAUAUUUCCGGAAUCUUAGCAGGCUUAGAUCAGGCACUGAGUAUAUGAAUUAUCUUCCCAUGUCAUGCAAUUAUGUGAAUAUGGUUGUUGGCAGGAUGCCAGUUGAGAGGAAACAGAUAGGGUGAGUAUUAAUGCACUGUAGCUGCACUACCAUUGAGAACAGAUUGCUCUGCAGUCCUGAAAGCCAGACAGAUGUACUUGUUCCGUGGCUGACUCUGAUAAAUUGAAGACAUAUAGAAUAGAACUUGCAAAGCUCAGCACACUGACUACUGAUAUAUACAUUUAUAUGCAUUUCUACAUGUAUUUUAUCAACAAGGGAAUAUAAACACAUGUAGAAUGAAGAGGUUACUUAGGCACCAAUUGUUCUGCAUGAAUUCAUAGGAAACGAGGGUUAUAAUGUCAGUCAAGUAUUAUGUAUUGCUGAAAAAGGAAGAUAAAUGAAGACCAUAUUUCUUGUAAAACCGCUUAGCCAUCAUUCCUACUUGGGAAACAGCAGUUGUCUGCAAUGUUUGCCAGGAUGAUUUGCUACUUCACCUCUCACAACUUCAUUUAUCAAAUCUUUAAAGAUCAACCGUUCAAUGUCUAACACUAAAUUUGGGAUCUCACUGUGGCACUUUGUCCAAAUUGUGGGUUGAUGCAUCAAAUCUCCCCACAAGAGGCUUGUCGAAUUCGCAUCCUCCUUCGCCAGGCUGGCAUUCUUUUGGUGACGCAACUUGUCAAAUUCUGAGCAAAUUUCGCAUAGAAGCUGCUGUCCUCUCAGUCUUCUACCCACCAACUCAUGUGGAAGAAACCACUGACUAGGGGAAUUCUCAACUAUCAGUUUUUGAACUAAUAUAUCAUAAACAACAUCAAAUAUGAGUUUUCUUUGCAUUUGCUCAUCCGUCUUGGCAUUGUCUUCAAUGUUACAAAGCCUCUUCUUUGUCUUGAUUUGUUCUAGUGCGAAGAACAACUUUGUGCCAUUCAGGUGGGGUGAUGAAUGAAGUGUCUGGCUAGAGCCUGGGCCUCUGAGAAGACCUGAUGCAAACAGUAUUUCAGAUAUGUAUUUAUGAUCAGGAUCUUUACUGUCGCUGAGUGUUUCAAUGAAAUUGAUGGCUUUAUCGUGUGGGCAAUCUGUUUCUUGAAGUUUUUGAACCAAAUACUGAGUGUUUAAGUCUCCAUCACUGGCCCAAUUGCUGAAGUUGUAUUUUGUGGUGCUGGUAAGUUCUGUUGAGUUCUCCUUUUCAUCGUCAGCAUUUUGAGCUUCAUCUGUAGUAAUAAAUUUGACGAGAAUCAACAUGAGAGUCAAUCCUUUCUUGGAUGGUUUUUUGAAGGUCACUCAAAAAGAGUUAUGGGUGUAGUGACUAUUGGGCUCAGAAGAAUUUAAGAUUUAGAAAUUUAGAAAUGAAAUGUGCAAUACCUGAAUCUUUUGAGAUGGCUGAUUUCUUUUUUAUUGGAGAUGGUGUGUCGUCUCUAUAGAAUGCAGCAUCAAGGACUGAGAUGGGACUUGGUUGUUCUGUGAUAACUGUUAUUUCAGACAGAGAGCUUUCGUUGCUCAACCCUUUUGCUGCUUUCUGCUUAAUGAAAUAAUAUUAAGUACAAGUAAUUUCAUUUGAAUGCAUAAAAUUGAAUUUUUAGAGAGAGAACUUACAUUGUAAUUCAGCUCAUUCAGUAGGAAGGAGGUUCUACUGGUCUCUGAUUGAUCAGUGUGAAUGACUCUAAUGUUGCUAUGAUUGACCAGCCUUUUGUUUGUGUAAGAAUCUGGAGAUAUUGCAUCAACAUUAUCCUUGAAAUCCUUUCUAGGACAGAUGGUCUUACUGAAGUGUUCAUUUGCUUCAUGCAAAGUUGAGAAUUUUGGUCUUGGUGUUGUCCUUGGGGAGGAUAAUUCUAGAGGGCGCCUGUUGUUUUGUCUUCUGUCACUGCUGCAACUUGAUGGUGUUGGCAGGGAACGCCUCUCCCAACCAAACUUCUUGUGCAGUCUUGGGCUGUCAGUCUCUGUUUUAUUACCAGAGCUGAUGUUUUCUCCAUUGAGGUGUCGAGGAAUUCUUGAGGCUUCCAUCAAUUUUGAGGUUGUUAUCUUAUCACUCCUGUUGGCUGAAUGAGGGGGUUGACUUGAAGGAUCAUUAAGAUGUCUGAUUGUUGGAGUAAUAUAUUUAUCUUUUUGCCUGUCAACCAAUCUUCUGCUUGUGGGAUUACAAGGUGGAAACUCGCUGGGGCCAGGUUUACCUUGAAUUGACAUAUCUGGUGAUGCUGAAAUUCUUUUAACUCUUGCUGGUUUCAUGAUGAUAAUUGGCAAUUUACUCUCGUGGGGUGAAUUUGACCUGUCAGUUGAGAUAGAUUUUGGGUCCUUUCGUCGGUUUCUUGGGCUUUGUGCUUUUGAGCUUUCACUGAGACUGCUUGUGCUAAUGUUGUCAGAUGGACAAUCUGAAGCCUGAUCUCUUGUAAUACCUAAUGAAUGGUUAUAUCUCUGCAUGGCUUCAAGAAUCUGUUUGAGGGCUCUGAGAUCCUUUCCUGACUUUUUAAACUCGAGCUCAGCCAACCUUUUCUCAAUCUCUGCAUAUACAGAGUGGGAGGAACUUGUGGCCUUUAUUGCAGAUUCCGUAUCAUCAGAAUCUGGAAAUUGGGAGCUUUGGCUUGCAUCAGUUUGCCUCCAGGGAGUGGGGUCUUGCGAGAAUUGCAAAUAUGACAUGCCAUUCAUGGUUGAACCAGUCCUUCCAUGCUGGAGCGAGGGGGACCCCUUGCAUUUUCUGGGGGAUCCAUAACUUUGGUGACGGUAGCGUUCAUCACUUGUGCUAGCUCUUGACAGGGGCUCCUUUUUACUGGCAGUAUAGCUUGAAGUCUCCAUAGUCUCACCAGUCUGUGUGCAGUCUGGGAAGGAAUCCAGUCCCAUUAACUUUGCUACAACGCUGGAUUGUCUUCGCGAGGUGUCCAGCUCUUGCUGCUGAUUAAUCGAUGUGCUGCAGCUUUCAUACCCUCUCUGUGGACCCUUCAGAAGAUUGCGAGAUCUUGUGCCUUCAUUCAAACUUUUAAUGGAUCCUGCUCUGCUGUCCAAGGAAAGCCUUGGGAGUUCCUUGUGUCUCGCUGUUGAUUUGAAUGUAUCUUGUGUAAUCCUUUCGUCAUAAGAAAGUCGUGGUGAAUCCCAUGGAGCUUUUUGGGACUUUGGAAGAAUGUGCAAGGGUUCUUUGGCAACCAUAACUCCUGCAUUCACAGAUUUGGAGGUCUGAAAAGGUUCAGGCCUGGGGGAGUCUAUGUAUUUCAAGGUAUGACCUCCCUUCUUGCCCUCUUUAGCCACAGUUUUCACUGUCAGCCCCUGAGCUUCUCUACGCUUUGAGUCUUUGGCAUUAGCUCGCAAAUCAUGAGAUUGAUGGCCUAGGGUUUCUAGUCGCUUCGGUGCUGCUCUUGGAGUGGGGAUUUCUGGAAUUUUUAUCCGAGGGAUUGAUGGUGUUUCUACCUGAACUGUUCUGCUAAACUCAACGGAUGACAUGCUAGACGAACAAGACGACGUAGACACAGAACUGGUUGAUGAUUCCGUGGAUAAUUGUUGCUUCUCUCUGGCAGCCUUGAGACUUUUUGCCUGCAGUCAUGCGAACGAGUUCUUAAAUUGUUCUGCCACACUUCUCUAAAGAAUUUUAAAAAUAAAAUAAAAUAAAACACUGUUAUCUUACCUUUGCUUUCGGCAUAGUAGUGCUAAACUCUCUGAUUUGAUCAUUGCUUCCACCUAAUCAUGGGAGGGACAUUCUGGGUUUUAAUUUAAUAUCAUAAACCUCAUAAAAUUUUGACCUUGUCUUUCCCAUAAGCCUUUUGUAAAUUA